UUUCAAAGCACAAAGGUCCGCCAGUCUUUACUCAGGAAGAAAGAUACAAGAUGGUGCGAGCCAUAAAGUGGGUGGACGAAGUGGUGGAAGGAGCCCCAUACGUCACAACCCUCGGGACCCUCGACAAGUACAGCUGUAACUUCUGUGUGCAUGGAGAUGAUAUAACUCUUACUGUGGAUGGGAAGGACACCUACGAAGAGGUGAAGAAGUCAGGGCGCUAUAGAGAGUGUAAAAGGACGCAAGGAGUUUCCACUACAGACCUUGUUGGCAGGAUGCUUUUGAUGACCAAAGCACACCAUAGCAAUAUUGACAGCUCAGACUACCAGAAGCACACAGACAACUUUGGAAAGAAGGGCCACAGCCCAUGGACAGGAGUGUCUCAGUUCCUGCAGACUUCUCAGAAGAUAAUUCAGUUUGCCUCAGGCCAGGAGCCUCAACCCGGAGACACAAUCAUCUACGUCGCAGGAGCCUUUGACCUCUUUCACAUCGGCCAUGUUGAUUUCCUGGAAGUGGUCCAUAAGCUUGCUGAAAAGCCAUACAUCAUAGUGGGGUUACACUUUGAUCAGGAGGUAAAUCGUUAUAAAGGGAAAAAUUACCCCAUCAUGAAUGUCCAUGAGAGAACGCUCAGCGUACUGGCUUGCAGAUAUGUAUCAGAGGUGGUGAUUGGCGCCCCUUUUGCUGUCACAAAAGACCUGCUGGAUCAUUUUAAGGUGGAUCUUGUUUGCCACGGUAAGACAGAAAUCUACCCCGAUAAGGAUGGCUCUGACCCUUACGCUGAGCCAAGAAGAAGAGGCAUCCUGCGAACUGUGGACAGUGGAAACACUCUUACUACAGAUGCCAUCAUGCAAAGGAUAAUCAAAAACAGGCUACUAUUUGAAGCAAGGAACAAAAAGAAAGAAGCCAAAGAGAUCGCUGUGAUCCAGGCCAUGAAGCGACAAGAGGAGAAGACUGAAGGACGACCCCAAGCUCUGAUGUAGACAUGCGUCUCCAUCUGUGGUUCCGCCCCAACGUUAACAAGCUAGAUCGAUAUACACUUCUCUAUAGCAAACUUGUCAUAAGUGUUAUGGCACCACUAGAUUAUAUCAGCAGUAUUUACAGUAAAAGGAUAUUAAACCUGCUGUGGGACCAUUAGGUUUUAAUAAUCCAGAGCAAGAAACAUGUAAUGCAUCCAUACAUUUAAAAUUCUAAUAUAUGCCUUUUAAUAUUCUAACAUUUUAUAUUUUUUUGCCUUUUAACAGUGGAAAAAAAUGUAAAAGUUUAUUUUAGUUUUAAGAAUUAAGAGUGCAGGUUGGAGAUGUGGGUCAAAGAUUUAUUUAUCUAACAAGAAAGUAAAUGGAUUGGUCACCUCAACUGAGCUGUUGCUGCUUUUUGCACAGCAAUAGUCCUACGGUAACCCUAACUGUUGAAGGUGUGUAUAUAUUGUGUCAAAGUGUGUGAGAGUUUUACAAUCUUGGCAGAAAAUGAGGGACACAUGCCCCGGUGUUUCUGUGCAGCUAAUACGCUUAAACUUUUGGGACCUAAUGUGCUCCACUCUGCACUGACUGCUCAGAAAUCAUCUGAACUGUUCUGUUUGUCUUUUUUUUAAUCACAAUGAAAUGUUAAGACCUGAAGGUCUUGCCUUUUGAGUGCAAGUUUUUAAACCUUAACUACUACAUUUAUGAAAUGAUAAAACUGCCUGCUUUAACUUUGGUUUUCAUUGCAUGAGUGGAGAUUAAUGUUAGUGUUACCAUGGUGAUGAAUUAGAUUUCCUACUUCUCCUAAAUCCUAAGGAUUCUAACAUCGAUGGAUAUUAAAUGAGAUCAAAUAAUAUAUAUUUUUUUGUAGUAGCCUCAUAUAUGUACUCAAUUCCAUUAGCUGCUGUACUGUAAAGAUAGUAAUGUAAUGUUUUAAAAGCAUAAUACAUCGUAUGUCAAGAUGAGAUGAAGUUAGUGUAGCCUAUGACCUGUAUGUUAUUGAUUCCUUCCCAAGGAAAUACUUUAUAAAGAAGUCGA